UGGGGGUCGCAGAACUCUCUGAGCGUCCGCGGCCGCCUGCGUCUCGGAUCUAACCGCUCGGUCUCCCGGUUGGGCGGACUGUUCUCCGUGUGCAAGCCGGGGCCGCUGCUCUGAACCCGGGGCGAAGGGCUAGGCGCCGCGGGUGGGCCGGCAGGCCGGCAGGCACGGAGCAGGGCCCUCGGGGCGAUGCCUUGAAACCUUGGACGCUCCGGAGCCAGGGCCCUCCUCCUUCUGGGCCGGCCGAUGGCAGGGAAGCCCCGCUAAAGAGGCCCGGGAGGGGCUGGGCCGCGCUCAGCAUCCCGGAGACUGCCCCCGCCAAGCCCGGGCAGAGCUUUUCCUCCUGGGCUGGGGAUCAGGGGUCUCCCCUGCCAAGCCCUCCCAGACGCUCAUUUCUCGAAGGUACUCCCACUGUGCGGAUCUAAUCUAGGAGGAGAAAGGGAUUUCCCUGCUGCAGACUGGGCUCCCUAUCCCCUCCUCCCCGCCCGGUGCCCUCGCCGUGGGGGCGGGCGGGCGGUUCCCGGGGGCGCUAGGCUCCCGGGGAUCUCCCUCCCCAAGGUCCCUCCCCUCCUCCCCCUCUCCCUUCUUCCCUUGUCUUCACCGCUCGUGGUGAAUCGAGUUUCCCACAGCUUGUGACGCUCCUGGAACUAGCCCCACAGCUGGUAACAGCUGCCACAGCAACACGAAACCUGGUGAAGCACCAGCACCUGGACCCCCUCCCAGCCCCACCCCACCCUGAGCCCUCCAGGUAGCCUUUGCCUUCUAGACGCACGGCUGUCAGGUCUGUUUGGAAUAAAACCUAAGUCAAUCCGUCCACACAAGCACCGCCGAAGCCCAGAGAGAGGUGGACAAUGUGGGUAGCGCUGGCUGACUUAGGGGGAAUGGCUCUUUUGGUCUUGCAGAGACCACCAGCGGGGACUUAAUCGGCUGGCCGGCUCCCUCUCCUUUCUCAGCUUUGGUGGUUUCUUUUCUACAGGCCCUCACCUUUUACUCACUUUUUAGCCUUUUCAUUAAUUGAUUGAUUUUUAGCCAGGGGCACGCACGGCUGCCCGCCCCGCGCCCACCGCUUUGUAGAGUUUUUAUAUCAAACUCUCCCUUCCUCCCCUUGGCUUGGGGGGCGGAGGUCAGCCGGGACCCCCAGGGAAGGGGUUUGGAGACGGAGCCCUCUUCAUAUUUCGGACAGCACUUCGGUGUCCAGACACUACAGGGCCGGACCGGACUCCAGGCAAGCUGGGCCAAGACCCUUCCUCAGCCUCACCUCGAAAGCCGAGUCCCUCGGCUCCACGACCUCGGGGCCAGCGUGGGGGAAUCUUUGGGCAGUAACUCGGGUUCGGGGUGACCCCGGCUAGCAGAAAGAUCACCGUUCUUUCACUGUAUCCACUCGGAUUGACAUUGGUUUUGUUUCCACUACCAAACACUUCGAGAUCCCCCCAAUUGCCCACGGAUUCAGGCUGAAUUAGUAGGCUGCUGGGCGUCCCGUUUUCUCUCCUACAGCCGACACAGAGCUUCCUCAUUACUGCCUCCCCUUUGCCCAAUCGAGGCACUUUCGGGGUCCUGACUGACCUGCCUUGGCUUAGAAGGAAAGGGUGGUAGAAAGAAGUUAAAAGGCAUUGGAUCCGAAGGGAAGGCGGCCAGCCCUCCUUCCUCUUCCAGCCUAGGAGCCCCCAAGGGGCUGGAGAGAGGCCCCGACGGCUGAGCCGCGAUGGCCGCGGCUAUAGCCAGCUCGUUGAUCCGCCAGAAGCGCCAGGCUAGAGAAUCUAACAGCGAUCGGGUUUCGGCCUCCAAGCGCCGCUCGAGCCCCAGCAAGGAUGGGCGCUCCCUGUGCGAGAGGCAUGUCCUCGGGGUGUUCAGCAAGGUGCGUUUCUGCAGUGGCCGGAAGAGGCCCGUGAGGCGGAGACCAGAACCCCAGCUGAAAGGAAUUGUGACAAGGUUAUUCAGCCAGCAGGGAUAUUUCCUGCAGAUGCACCCAGAUGGGACAAUUGAUGGAACUAAGGAUGAGAACAGUGACUACACCCUUUUCAACCUAAUCCCAGUGGGCCUUCGGGUUGUGGCAAUCCAGGGAGUGAAAGCCAGCCUUUAUGUGGCAAUGAAUGGAGAAGGAUAUCUUUACAGCUCUGAUGUUUUCACACCUGAGUGCAAAUUUAAGGAGUCUGUCUUUGAAAACUACUACGUUAUCUAUUCUUCUACACUUUACCGGCAGCAGGAAUCAGGACGAGCCUGGUUUCUGGGACUCAAUAAAGAAGGUCAAAUUAUGAAAGGAAACAGAGUGAAAAAAACCAAACCCUCAUCACACUUUGUUCCUAAACCCAUUGAAGUGUGCAUGUACAGAGAGCCUUCGCUGCACGAAAUUGGAGAAAAGCAAGGACGUUCCAGGAAAAGCUCCGGGACACCAACGAUGAACGGAGGGAAAGUGGUGAACCAGGACUCCACAUAGCUGCAAACUCUUCUCUUCUGUGCACACUCCUCCCCUUCCUCCGUCCCCCUCCCUGGUGCCCCCUCCCUCCCCAGUACCCAUGGAGACAACAAUAUACUGAUCAGGCAGAAUUUAGGGGCUAAGAUUUGGAAUGCAAAAUCUGUGUUUGGGGAAGAUGAUGAAAUUCAACCUCAAUCUUUCCUGUUUCAAUGUUGCAGAAACACACACUCACUCACACUCACACACACAUACACACACACAAACAGAUGCAAUGUGAAGAAAAAUGGCAAAUCAAUCUAGUCUCCACUAUAAUUUUUAAGCAAACCCUUCACUCUAUCGUGGGAGAGGGGAAAGGUAGCACCCUGCAUAAUUUUAAUAAAGAUGCUACCAUAAAAAGCUAGGACUUGGGAGAAUUGAACCUUGCCCCUGAGGUUCUCCACUACCCCCCCCAACCCCAGACUGCUUGAAUUGCUACAAAAAGCCCUAAAGUGGGGGAAGGGCUGAUUUUGUGUUUUUGUUGUAUUCUUUGUGGCUGUCUCUGUAAUUCCCCAUCUUUUUAAGAAGCCUGAAAAUGUGUGGGUUUGUGUUUUCUGUUAAAGCUUCCCAAAUGCCUGCUAAAACCCCCUUUUUCAAUUCCUCCUUCUCCUGUCCUCUUUCCCUAUCAUUCAGGCCAUUCUAUCUGGGACUUUGUAGUACCAGAAUGUUGGAUUGUUCAUCAUAGGCAAUAUCAUGGAAGAAGGUUGCAGGUGGAAGUGCGACCUUAAUGAGUUCUAAUGGUUUUAGUUGACAACAACAUUUUGAAAAAAAAAGGGUUUCAGAUUCUAGUAGUUGAAACCUCAUUACAUUUAUCUAAGGCUUUGUUAUUUUUUUUAAAAUGUCAUCUAGAAGAGUCACUGUUAUAAAAGGAAAAAUAUCUUGGAGAUAUUUGUGGUCACAGUGAAAACUCUCCUUUAGAAAUUUAACUAUUUUAGUUAGCCAUUAUAUUCAUCUUCUAUCUUGUGGAAACUCUUGAGAAGGGACAUAAUGAAUCUCCCUUAUCAGAGUGUUCAUCCAGGAUUAAAUAGGAAAAUGGAGUUUUGAAGAAGGGACACAAGUCCUGUCACAUUUUAAGGGCAAACUGGGCUUCAUUUCUUCCCCUCUCUCUUCCUCCUACCUGAAGUUGGCAUACAGGAGGCAUGACCCAGUGUCAGCUGAGUCAUCAGGAAGAAUGGUAUUGUACUCGACAGCUGACUUAGGUCCCUAAAACAUGUGACUUUCUCUUUAUCUUAUCUGGCUAGCAAUGUAGCUAUAUUUUGAACCUCCUAUAGAUUCAACAAUUCUCCUGACUACCUUCAAUGCCAUAUACAGUCUGAGGAGGCCCAUGCGACUUGGACUGUGAUCUCAAGGCUAAGUUUAGGGACUUAUUGUGGGGAUAAAAAAGCACAUCUUUAGGUAUAUGCCUAGGAUAGUAUCUUACAGUGUGGUUAGAUGAUAGAAACGAGGAGAAAGGAAGUGUUUAGUCCCCCCACCUGCUGACCAAAUAUCUGGAUGUUACCGUGAUCAUGACUUGGAGAAAGUUUGCCAUGUGCCCUGAAAGUUCCCUUCCUUUCCUUAGCUGAAAACAACUGCUUCCACUCAUUAUAAUUGUUCAUGAAUGGCUCAUGUGCUAAGCUAUAUCUGUGCAGCUUCCCCCAACCUCCUCACCAUUUAUGGCAUCAAGGCUUCGCCAAAAUUGGAAAGGCAGAAUAAGGUCAAGACCUUACAAAGUAAUAGCAAAGGCUAUGCAUGUAGGACUUUGGCAAUGCAAUUUUAAGGAUAAAUGCUUUGAAGUGGCAUAUAUCUAGCUAUAAACAUUAAACUCUAGCUGUUGCUUUCAUAGGCAAAUGACAAUGGAAAGAACUCCAAAAUUGACCUUCCUCCUCUCUGCCUCCCUCCAUUCAGCACAAUUGUAUCUUUGCUUUUAGCAGCACCAAGGAAUCAGAGGGCUCUUUUUAAGAAGGAUUCUCUUUGAAAUGAUGAAUGAGGCUUUUACAGAUUGAGAAUAGACUCCAGAACAGGAGCUUUAGUUGAGCUUCCCAGAGUUUGCAAGGGAUUAUCAGAAAGAUAACCAAAGGCCCAUUUUACAAAGUGAAAUUGAAAUAGUGCUAAAGACAUGAGGGGCAAGAUUGAUUUCAUACUUUUUAUUAUGAAGAGAUAACAUCAAGAGAGAGAAUCCAGCCAUCAGCCAAAAGGCCAACCCAAACCAAUGCUGUCUACUCCAUGUCAUGUAUAUUCAAGCUGAGAUACAGAGAUUAGUUGUCCUUUGGCAAGCAUAAGUGAGAACAGGAAUGCUGAGGACACAAAUUAGAACCUAUUAUUCUCAAUCAUUUGAAAAAAUGUUAGGCUCAAAAGAUUGUUUUUGAAAUGAAGGUGACCUUGCGCCCUUGUUCAGGAGUCUGUGCUAUCAUCCCACCAGGAGUGAGGGGCCUCCCACACAAUGGCUAAGGAUUAGUGGUGGAAGGGAGAGUCAGGAGCCUGUGCAGCUGCUGCCCACACAAUGUUGUCAUGAAAAAUAUAUUGGCAAAGAAGAGAGAGAGAGAGAGAGAGAGAGAGAGAGAGAGAGAGAGAGAGAGAGAGAGAGAGAAUUCAUAUCUAGUACUGAUAUUGAAUUGUAGAUAAUCCACCUCUAUCCACUUUUCUGUUUGCUCCCAAACACACCCACCCACCCAACUACUUUUCCAACUUAAUUCCAAGUUGAACAAUCUUCUUCUUAUGGAAAAGAAUAGUUUAUUUCUAGCUCUUCCUCCCAUACUUUAAUUUGAACAGUCAUUUCCAGGACUCCUGGCUUUCCUUUUUUCUUUGCCAUUGGCCAGUCCAAUCCCUAAGUGAUGCCAGACUAUGUUUAAUG